AAAAGCCGUCCGGAGCUGUAGUCCGUGCGUCCGUACCCGGCUGCUUUUGUGGAGGUUGCCCGCAGCUUAGUAUGGGGUUGCUGGAGCUAUGCGAGGAAGUGUUCGGUACCGUCGACCUUUACCGGGUGCUAGGCGUGCGGCGCGAGGCGUCCGACGGCGAGGUCCGACGGGGCUACCACAAAGUGUCCUUGCAGGUGCACCCUGACCGGGUGGGCGAGGGCAACAAGGAGGACGCCACCCGCCGCUUCCAGAUCCUGGGGAAAGUCUAUUCCGUUUUAAGUGACAAAGAACAGAGAGCAGUGUACGAUGAACAGGGAACAGUGGACGAGGAAUCUGCUAUGCUUACUCAAGACCGGGAUUGGGAGGCAUACUGGAGAUUACUCUUUAAAAAGAUAUCUCUAGAGGACAUUCAAGCCUUUGAAAAGACAUACAAAGGUUCUGAAGAAGAGCUGGCUGAUAUUAAACAGGCAUAUCUGGAUUUCAAGGGUGACAUGGAUCAGAUCAUGGAGUCUGUGCUUUGCGUGCAGUACACAGAGGAACCCAGGAUAAGGAAUAUUAUUCAGCAAGCUAUUGACACCGGAGAGAUCCCAUCCUAUAAUGCCUUUGUCAGAGAAUCGAAACAAAAGAUAAAUGCAAGGAAAAGGAGGGCUCAGAAAGAGGCCAGAGAAGCAGAAAUGAGCAGGAAGGAGUUGGGGCUUGACGAAGGAGUAGAUAACUUGAAAGCAGUCAUUCAGAGCAGACAAAAGGAUCGGCAAAAGGAAAUGGACAAUUUUCUGGCUCAGAUGGAAGCAAAGUACUGCAAACCUUCCAAAGGAGGAGGGAAAAAAACAGCUCUCAAGAAAGAAAAGAAAUAAUGGAAUUUUUCUCUUCAAAGGACCUUAAGUGUUAAUUGGUGCCAUUGUAGGCAAGGUGUGGGCAAAAGUCAACCCAACCCUUAGAGGAGUUGUCUUUCCAGCCUAAAUUAUUCAGAUUGACUAAACCAAGAAGAAUCUCUCAACUUGAUUUUAGUAUUUCCUAGAAAUCACUUGACACUGUGUGAGUCUCCUGUGAAGGAAUUUGAUGGUGAUAGUUGGAAGGGCAGUAUAAUUCGUGACAGCACUUGCUUCCUUGGAUCUUCUGUACAUGGGAUUCUGUCUAGAACAGGGGUCUCUCCAUACUGUUUUCUGUGAUGUGCAUAUCUAUCAGAAUUGUUACUCUGCCUGGCUAGAACACUUUCAAAACACUUUGCUGAACAGCUGUCUUCCAAAUAACUGCCAAUUUACAUUUGGUCUUAAUGAUCCUAAAUAGAGCCUUUUUGUUUUAUUCAGUAAGGUUCUGUGCUCUUUGUUUGAA